AGAUCAGCGGUUCGAUGUUAAAAAAAUCUUAAAGUUCUUUAAAAUGUAAUAAAACGAUUUGGGGAAUUAUGGAUGUUACGGUUGUAGAAACCUUAACAUAUACAAAUUACUAUCCUAUUUAUCACUAUUAAUUUUUUCUCUGUAAUAACUUUGAAAUGAAUGUAUAGUGUGGACCACUAACUUUACAGUUACCACAAUUACAAAGAUUACUACUUAUUUUUUUCGUUUGUAUAUACGACUCUUUCCUAAUUUCCUGCCAAUCCAAUGUAAUUUCUACUAAAGAAAAUUCACUAUUAAUUUCCAUAAUUUGUUGACGAAAAAAAAGAUCUCCAUAAUAUUUGCAAUCCUUUCCAAAUGAAUCCAAAGUCUCGACGACUAACUUUAUUUUUACCCACUUUCCACAAUCACCAAGAUCACAACUUCCAUGUUUGGUUUGCGACAUCUCACACAAAAGCAAAUCUGACCACCAAAUCCGGAAACAAAGCUGAACUUGCCAGUUUCGUUUAAAUUCUACUUUGAUUCCGUACGUGAUCAAAAGAAAACAGAAAUAAAUCUUGGCACAAAUAUUUAUAAAAAUAAUUAAAAGGCAUUAAUCUUACCGACUGGUUAAAUAAUCCAUUUCCUCCACUACUCUCAUUUGUCUUCCCCCACUUAAUCUCUUACGUUUUGAUAUAUCCUCUAAUGGGAACUCAUCAACUUUUCAUCGCUUUUGUCACUCUUUUUUGUUGUUUCUGUCUACCUCAUCUAAUCGAACCUAAACGAUACGGAGUGUACCGCCAACAAGUGUUCGUGGAUCAAUCUGGCAAUGGAAAUUUCACGAAAAUACAAAAAGCGAUCGAUUCGGUUCCAGCCAACAAUCGUAAUUGGUUCUUCAUCAACGUUGCAGCCGGCCUUUACAAGGAGAAAAUAAAGAUACCAUAUGAUAAACCCUUCAUUGUAAUAGUGGGGGCUGGAAAGAGGAAAACUAGAGUUGAAUGGGACGACCAUUACUCAGUUGCACAAAGUCCUACUUUUGCUACUAUCGCAGAUAGCACCGUCGUUAAGAGCCUCACUUUCGUGAAUACGUAUAAUUUCCCGAAUAAUGGAAAAGUGAACAAGAACCCUAGGACUCCAGCGGUGGCGGCGUUGAUCGACGGUGAUAAGUGUGCUUUUUACUCGGUAGGGUUUGCCGGAAUUCAAGAUACCUUGUGGGAUUCGGAUGGUCGACACUUGUUUCACCGUUGCACUAUCCAAGGCGCCGUUGAUUUCAUCUUUGGUAACGGCCAAUCUAUUUACAAGAAAUGUGUAAUUCAAGUGCUAGGAGCGACACUAGAACCGGGGCUAGCUGGAUACAUAACGGCUCAAGGACGGACAAACCCGUACGACGCGAACGGGUUCGUGUUCAUGGACAGCCUCGUUCACGGAACCGGGAUGGCUUACUUGGGCAGACCGUGGCGUAGUUACGCUCGAGUGAUCUUUUACAACACUAACUUGACCAACGUGGUUGUUCCCGAAGGUUGGGACGCAUGGAACUUAGUGGGCCACGAAUCACAGCUGACGUAUGCAGAAGUUGGAUGCUUUGGAAGUGGAUCUAGUACGACGAGACGUGUGAGCUGGGUUAAGAAGCUGAAUGGACCCAUGGUUGAAAGUUUGAGUAGUCUCAACUUCAUUAACAAUGGUGGGUGGGUUCAAGAUUUGCCCAUUCGUAUUUGAUUGAUCUCAUUGCUUCUGUUUAUCUUUUUUUUUUUUUUCUUAUUUAUUAUUCCCAAGUUUUUAGUUUGACUACGUGGAUUUGCGUUUAUCAAGUUAUGCAUAAAGGUAAAUAAAGGAUCUGCAAAAUUUACUAUCGGUUAUAAGGAUUCGGUUUGCAUAUGAAUACCCAUAUUAAUUGCUUCAUGCAAGUUUCACCUUUAGCUUGUAACUGGUAAGACUUGUGCAAUACAGUAUUAAGUUUCACAGCGUUACCAAGAGAACUAGAGAAGCCCUCAAAUACUCACCGACGGUGCCUACAGCUUCUCCGGAAGCAUCACAAAAAAUAACCUACAAAUACAAUUAACAAAAGAUAAGAUAACUUAAACUUUUCAUAUAAUUAAAACCUACAUCCGAAGAACCGAACGAAUCUGACCCGAAAAAGUAGUACCAAACCCGAAUCAAAAUUAAUUAAAUAUCCAAACGGGUUCAAAAUUUUGGAAUUAAAAAAACCGAAACCAAACCCCACCCGAAUCGAAAUAUUUUGGGUACCCGAAUGUAUCCGAAAUAGAUUUAUAUACUUAAAUAUAUCCAUUAUCUUUAGAUUUGAUGUAUAUUA